AUGGCUGUAGACACCAAAAGCAAAUCAGGGAAAAUUUCUGUGCUCAGCGACGAUUUACUUGGCCUAAUCCUCAACCACGUCCCCAACAAAGACGAUAGAAAAUCGUUCUCCGAGGUUUGCAAGCAAUGGCUUAGAGUCGAAGGUCUAAACCGGUCAUCACUCUGCUUUGACAAACCGGAAAUUCCCCUAGCUGCGUUGACUAGGUUCCCAAACUUAGUCCACUUCGAAACAUGGAAGCUUACGACCGACACCGACCUCAAGUUCAUAGCCCAAACCUGUCCGCAAAUCGAGGUCACCAACUAUGGUUCACACUUCCUGGGGCGUAAAGGUCUAUGGGCUUUGGGGAAUGGGUGUCCCAGACUGUCCAAGGUUUCACUUUUCGGAAAUAGAAUUGGCAACGCUGCGGUUUUUGCUCUUGUGAAUUCGGCACACAGUUUGACGUCUUUGGAAUUUAGAUGUAAUUGCUUCAUCUCGGAUCCAGUACUCAGAGCAAUUGGGUCGGCAACUUAUAUUACGACUCUGGAGUUUACGAGCUGUUGCAACAUUACUGAUCUCGGUUUGGGAUUUUUGGCAAAUGGGUGUGUCUCUAAAACCCUCAAGAGAUUGGUGCUUGAGGAAAUCAAAGGGAUCACUGAUACUGGGGUUGAGCUUUUGCGCAAAAUGUGUAGCUUGGAACAACUCAAUGUGUCUUACCGUUUGUCAAACCAUUGGCCACAACUGAAGAUCACUGACAUUGGAGGUGUGGCGAUCUCUGCGAUUCAGACCCUCAAAGAAUUGAGAUUGUGUCUUGAGGGCAUCUCAGACGCCACCAUUGUUGCUCUUGCUGAGAAUUGCAUCAACUUGGAGAUACUUGAUUUAAAGGGUUGUCAUGAGGUGAGGGGAGAUGGCAUUCGUGCAUUUUCAAGUCACAAGUGCUUGAAACACCUUGUAUUGCUCGGUUUGGGGGAUUUUGAUCUUUCGGAUGUGGAAAGCAUAGCGCUUGGAUGCCCGUUAUUGGAGUCUGUUGUGGUGGAUUUGAGCUUGAGGCUGGAUCCAGCUUGGAGCUCUGAAUUGAUGCAUGACCGCACUAAAAGUGUCAUCAAGUUUUCUCAAGUUAGUUAUUGA